GGAUUUGUAUUUUCAUCGGUUAUCUGCCUGCUUGCCCGGUAUUUGCCUUUUUGUCCGAGUUUUCUCUUUUUACCAGUAGCAGCAUUAAUUAUAAAUUUUUGUGUGUUUUUAACCAACUAGACCAACUUCUUGGCAACAAUCAGAGUAAAUAUGGCCAAGAGAAAUAGCUGUGGCGAUCGGUCCAUUAAACUAUCAGAAGUUAGUAAACUAACUGACAAGGAAUUAGCUGAAAGAUUAAGAAAAGAUCAUGGUUUUGUUUGUGGUCCCAUUGUCGCAAGCACGCGGAGCGUCUAUGAGAAGAAGCUUAUUUCUCUUAUUGAGAAGGGUGAAACCCGUGCCUUAAACUCUCCUUAUUCAUCUCCUUCACCUUCUUUACCUUCUUCACCUCGUUCACCUUCUUCACUUUCUUCACAUUUUCACCGAACAACUAAACUUAGAGCUGUAGAACAAAGCUUUGACAAUGGAACAACAACAAAUGAUAAAUCGUUGUAUAUGAAUAAUAAUGAACCCGUCAAUAUAUCUGAAUGGACUUCGUACAGUAUUGUUGGAGUAUUUUUACUGUUUUUCUCUAUUAUUGCCGCGUUUUAUGUUUACCGAGCUUAUCCCAUCCCAUUGUCAUUGGGUUUCAAGCUUCGAUCUUUUUUCUGGCUAACUGGAAAGUUGGCCGCUGGAAUUAUUUUAAUCGUCACAAUUGUUGUUACAGUCAUCAAAUAUAUAAGCCACAAGAAACAGAUGCAAAAUGAAGAGCAAGCUGCCAUCCAAGAUCUCGUUCGAAAAUCUAUCGAACUACUACAAUCUCCGGAUGAACCUUAUUCAAUGCCUGUAAUAAAUAUCAGAGAUACCCUUCUAACUCCUCAACAGCGUAAAGAUGCACGCUGGAAAAGGAUAUGGUCCAGUGCUGUAGAGUACAUAGAAAAUAAUGAAUAUCACAUUAAUUCUAUCAUUGAAGAAAUUAAUGGCGAAGAAUUUAAGACUUGGAAGUGGUGUGGUAAUUCAACAUCAAAGGAUCGUUUUAAUGAGUUUCGUAUGAAUGCGACUACCAUGAAAACGGGUAUCAUUGAAUGGCAAGGAUCAGCAUUUGGGUCCGACUCUACAUCAAAUACUCCUGGAGAGUGUUCGGCCAACAAUAAAGUUAGUGUAUCCAAUGGUUCGAGAAACUCAAAUACCAGGGCACCAACUGAAUUUCUUAAAGUACGAAAUAUACCCAGUAAAAAUGCUUCACCAAAUUGGAAAACCCAGAUACGUAAUGCAAUUAUUGAAAAAUGUACAGCAUACGCACCAAAUAAGUAUCAUGGUAUUCUUCAUAUUGAUAUGGAUGGACCUGAUGAGAAAGAGUAUUUUAUUUAUCUUAAAUGUGAUUCUUUGGAGUCUGCAACCAAUGCCUAUGCUGCCCUUCACGGUUGGUGGUGUGAACGUCACCUUGUUUCCGUUAAAUUCCUUAAAUCUGACCGCUACUAUGAAAGGUUUCCUGAAGCAGCCUCUGCAACAACUCCUUUGAAAAUACUUAAUAUUGAUACAACUGAUAGAAACAAAACCGCAGAAGAUAGAGGUUAACAAGUUUCUUGUUCGUUUCUUUUUUUAAUAAAACCAAAACUAAGAAAAUUAUAUACACCUGUAUAUCAUGAACUUUCCCCAUCUCAAUGCAAGAUCAAACAUUGCGACAAAACUAAAAAAAAUAUAUUUACAAACAAAAAACAUGAAGAUAUCUAUUAACAAAAGCUACACAUCAACAUACCAAAAUGUGUAAUAUGACGAGUCUUGUCUACUGUCUCUCUAUACAUAUUAACUCUUCUCUCCUUUCAAAUCCAAACACAAAAAGUACACAUUCAUUAACUAUGAAUUAUACUAUCGUAUCAUUGUCAUCACUGUUUGCAAAUUUCAUCGAGAGCAAACAAUAAUUGAUUCACAGACAGGCAUCAAAUUAUCUUCAUUCUCAUCAUUCUUUUUUCUUUUCUUCUUUUUUUUCUCAUUAAUCACAUGUUCCAACUUACAUACUCAUCAAAUCACCAACCUUUAAAGAUGUUUAAAACAAACAAUUUACGAUUUGAAACAAAAAGCGAUUUAUCAUAAUAAAAUUAACUCUUCUUAACAAAGUA